UCACGGAAGGAACAGCAGGUAUAUGACCAAUGUUUAAGAAAUGGAGAAUUCAACUCGGGAGGGCCACAGUAUGCAGGCUCCUACUGAUCUGGGAUCAGCCUCUCUCCCUCCCUCCCUCACAGCUCAGACCAAGGGCAGUACUGUGGACCACAGAAAGCAGCAGCAUUUUGUCACAGCUCAGUCUGGAGGCAAUGCUGUAGCACCAGUGAUAACUCAGUCUUCCAUUCAGGGAGGCGUUACUUACAAUUUUAACAAUUCAUUUAAUAACUUCAACCCAUCUCAGAACACUGGUUUUGAGGAUGGAGGCGAUUGCAGAUUGCGGCUGCAGAAUAUGACUCUGGGACCUGGAGCUUCGGGCAGUGAUGACUUUCCUGGGAGGAAGAGCGGAGCUGGGUGCUCCAGACCUGAUGCCCCCAGAGCUGAGAAGUGCGACAGCCACAGAAGCAUAGGUGAAUCCAUAAUUACAGACUCACAGACACUGAAGUCUGACUUGAAGAAGAAGUUUGCAGUCAUAUUUGAUGAAUUACGAAAGGAGAACCAUCACAUCCCCCUGAAUGAGAUCUUCACAGAGCUCUACAUCACAGAGGGGGGAAGCGGGGCGGUCAAUACUGAACACGAGGUGUGGCAGAUUGAGACAGCAUUCAGAAGACAGGCCUCUCAGGAGACUCCAAUUAUCUGCAAUGACAUCUUUAAGCCCACACCUGGUCAUGGGCGCACUAUCCGAACUGUUCUCACAAAGGGGAUCGCUGGCAUUGGGAAAACUGUCUCUGUGCAGAAGUUCAUUCUGGACUGGGCAGAAGGAAAAGCCAAUCAGGAGAUUGAUUUAAUUUUUCCAAUUCCUAUCCGAGAUCUGUAUCGGAAGAAACAGGGAAAAUUCAGUCUGAUUGAACUUCUUAAGCACUAUUUUCCAAAACUCACUUUUCUCCCAGAUAAGAUUCAAAGUCACAAUCAUGAAGACAAAGUGUUGUUUAUCUUUGAUGGUCUAGAUGAGUGUCGACUUCCACUAGAUUUCCAGAAUAAUGAGAUGUGGUGUGAUGUAACAACGAGAACCUCAGUGGACACUCUCCUGACAAAUCUCAUUGCCGGGGAUCUUCUGGGCUCUGCUCUCCUCUGGAUCACGUCCCGACCAGCAGCAGUCGAUCAGAUCCCACGCAAAUAUCUUGAUCGAGUGACAGAGGUACGAGGGUUCAAUGAUGCACAUAAGCGGGAGUACUUCAGGAAAAGAUUCAGAAAUCAGGACCUAGCUGACAGAAUUAUCACUCACAUAAAGUCAUCCAAGAGCCUGUAUAUCAUGUGUCAUAUACCAGUCAUCUGUUGGAUUUCAGCUGCUGUUCUAGAGACAGUGUUUGGUGGUUCUGGAACUGAAGUAAUCCCCAAAUCUCUGACGGAAAUGUACACACACUUCCUGCUCAUUCAAGAAAAUAUGAACCAAAAAAAGUAUUACAACACCAGCGAGACAAACUCAAAGAACAUGUCAGCAUCAGAUUUAGAAAUCAUCCUGAAAUUGGGGAAGUUGGCUUUUCUACACCUGGAAAGCAGAACUCUCAUCUUCGAAGAAAAGGACCUGACUGAGUGUGAUUUCACUGAAGCAUCAUUGCAUUCUGGCCUGUGCACACAGAUCUUUAAAGAGGAUUCUCAGUUGUACCAGGAGAAGGGCUACUGCUUUGUGCAUCUGAGCAUUCAGGAGUACUUGGCUGCAUUAUUUGUGUUUUAUUCAUUUGUAAACAGAAAGAUAAAUCUACUCAGUCCAGAGGAACAAUAUGCAGAGAAUAAGCAGAAAAUCUCAUUGUCUGAUUUACACAGGACUGCAGUGGAUGAGGCCCUUCGGAGUGUGAAUGGACAUCUGGACCUUUUCCUUCGUUUCCUUCUUGGUCUCUCGCUGGAGUGCACGCAGAAACUUCUCCAGGAUGUUCUGACACACGAAGGAAGCAGCUUACUUGUAGCAAGCAGAAACAGAACAAAAAGAAAGAGCCAUGUAAGGAGCCAGACACCAUCAAGAGAGAAAUCACUUAUGUCAAAGACAAGGAACAUGCCACUAUGCAGUCUAAGAAUCACUUUCCAUGUACCAAAAUUGCUAAGACGGUUGAGAAGCACCUCACAUGUUCGGGACCCAGUGCUCACUGGGACGGGAAGCAGUUCACAGAGUACAGAGAGAGUACAGAAAACUGUUCAAUACAUAAAAGAAAAGAUCAGAAAGAACAAUACAACAGAACGGAUCCUGAAUCUGUUCCACUGUCUGAAUGAACUGAAUGACACCUCUCUAGUGGAGGAAAUCAAGACUUCCCUGAGGUCAGGAAAACUUUCCACUGUAACACUGGACCCAGGACAAUGUUCGGCUGUGGCCUUUGUGCUGCUGAUGUCACAGGAGGUCUUGGAUGUAUUUGAGUUGAAGAAGUACAACACAUCGGAGGCAGGUCGGCUGAGGCUGCUAACUAUAGUCAGAAACUGCAGGAGGGCCAUGCUUUCUGACUGUAAUCUCACAGAAGAGUCCUGCAAAAUUGUGGCCACAGCUCUCCAAUCAGACUCUUUACCCCUGGUAGAGCUGGACCUCAGUAACAAUGACCUGGGAGAUUCAGGACUGAGGCAGCUCUGUGCUGGAUUGAGUCAGAACUGUAAACUACAGAUAUUGAGGCUGCCAGGCUGUCAGGUGACUGAGAGAGGCUGUGCUUCUCUGGCUUCUGCUCUGUGUUCAAACCCCUCACACCUGAGGGAGCUGGAUCUGAGCUACAAUCACCCAGGGGAGUCAGGAGUGAGAGCGCUCUCUGCUGCACUGGAGGACCCCAGCUGUAGACUGGAGAAACUGAAUGUUGACCAUGGAGGAAAGAACAGGCUUAAACCAGGCCUGAAGAAAUACGCCUGUCAGCUCACACUGGACCCCAACACGGCACACAGGGAGCUCUCUCUCUCUGAGGGGAACAAGAAAGUGACUCGAACAGGGAAGAAAGAGGAGCCUUAUCCUGAUCACCCAGAGAGAUUUGACAUCUAUCACCAAGUGCUGUGCAGAGAGGGCCUUACUGGACGCUGUUACUGGGAGAUGGAGUGGAAGGAGGUAGACCAUAACAAGAGGAAGGGAUUGACUGCAGUUGGAGUCACAUAUGAAGGAAUCUGCAGGAAAGGUUGUCACAGCAGUUGUUUUCUUGGUGGCAGUAACAAGUCCUGGAGUCUGGAAGUGGAUAAUUUCAGACACUUUUCCCAGCACAAUAUGAUAUGCAGUCCAGUAUCUGAGUCCUCCUGGGGUUCCCCCAGAGUUGGGGUGUACCUGGACUGGCCAGCCGGCACUCUGUCCUUCUACAGGAUCUCUGACACACUGACCCACCUGCACACUUUCCACACCACCUUCACUGAACCUGUCUAUCCUGGGUUUGGAGUUUCUGUAGGUACCUCAGUGUCCCUGUGCAUGCUGGGAUAGGCUGGAGGAACUUCCAAGUCUCCAGGGAAAAUUAAUGAAUGGAAUGAUUGUUGCUGGCAGACAGGGUGAUUUGAGUAUCUCAGACACUGCUGAUCUCCUGGGAUUUUCACAAACGCUAGUCUCUAGAUUUUGUUUUUUGGAGCAAAAAAAAAAAAAAAAAAAAAAAAAGAAAAAACUGGGUGGAACUCACCCAAGCCAACAAACACUUACUAGAGAAAGUUUAUUGAAUGUCACGUUAACGAGAAUUCAGGCUUCUCGUUAUUACUUUCAUCCCCUUUCUUGAUACACUUAUCAGGUGUAUCAGGUGUUCAUUACAUUACAUUACAUUACAU